CAUACACAUACACACCUCACGUUACUUGUUUAUCGUCAGAAAAACAAAAAGACGAAGAGCAAGAGCAACAAAGACGGCGUUGAGAGGCUCUCUUUAGACGUUACGUUGAGUCUGACAUCAUGGGAGCUCCGCAAGCUUAAAAGAGACGGUAAAAAAUACAACGGGAGAAUCACAGAAGGCUCUCAGUGUGGAAUGAUAACGACUAACUAACGGCGUCUCCUGUCAGCUCCUCUUCCCGCCGCUCAAGGCAGCAGCAGUCACGUGACAGCAGCGAGGGCUCACAGACCGAGAGAACGCGCUUCAUUCGCCAUACUGUGUUUUGUGCCAUAACGCAUUUUUAUCGCAACAUUUUACUCCCACUCGGUGAGUACGUUUCCAGGCCUUUUUGUAACCCUUUUUGUCUUUUCACUUGCUCUUUUUUAUUUUUUCUCUCUCCUUUUGCUGGGCUUUGAGCGUUGAGAUUUGAAAAAGUGUUGUUUUGAGGCGUUUUUCCAUCCGUACCUCAAGUUUUCAGUAUGCAGUGAUUCCUAUCGGGGCUAUUCAGUACUGAGUGACACUGGCCAAGUACGUGCUUGCAGUCGUGUGAAAUCAUGCAACUGGUUUUUAAAUGGCCUUGGCAGUUCCAUUUUUACGUAUGUACGAUGAUGUUUGUUUUGAACCCUUUUUCCUUUUUUGUUCUCUGCCAUAGACUUUUGCUGUAGAUAUGCUUUGCUUGUAUUUUGCGCUGUUGUUCAUGAGAGUUUUGUCAUUUUGAUGUCACCGAGCGAAGCAUUUGCUUUUAUUUUGGUCUUUUCUUUACCCGAAAGUCAUUUUCAGACCUGGUGACGUUUUAAUGGAAACUUUUCUUGCAGCUUACCUGUCACGUUUGUUUAUUUUUGCUGGUUUUUCUUUCCUUUUUCAAUGCCUUAUACUUUUGCAGAUGAUUUUGAGGUGAAGUGAUUUUUGGAGGUGCGCAUUUUUCACGUAGAUGAUGCAAAUUAAGGUGGCUGUGAAGGGAAUAAUUGUUUCUUUGGGGGAAAUAUCAAUCAGUGCGUCUUUGCUUUCACCGAAGAUGAACAGACUCUCCUUUGCAGGAGAAGAAUGACCGGGAAGAGUCAGACCAGCAAUGUCACUAACAAGAACGACCCGCGCUCCCUCAACUCACGGGUCUUUAUCGGCAACCUUAACACGGCCAUCGUGAAGAAGGCCGACAUCGAGGUCAUCUUCGCCAAGUACGGCAAGAUCGUGGGCUGUUCGGUGCACAAGGGUUACGCUUUCGUCCAAUACAUGAGUGAAAGGAACGCACGGGCGGCCGUGGCAGGCGAGAACGCCAGGAUUAUCGCAGGACAGCCGCUGGAUAUCAACAUGGCCGGAGAGCCGAAACCCUACAGGCCUAAAGCAGGAUCCAAACGACCCCUGACUGCUGUCUACAGUGGUUAUGAAUUUGAUUAUGAUUACUACAGGGAUGAUUUCUACAAUAGGCUCUUUGACUAUCACGGACGGGUGGCUCCUCCACCGAGGGCAGUGAUUCCUCUGAAACGCUCGCGAGUGGUGCUUCCAUCCACUCGACGCGGGAAGAGCUCGUUCCCUAUUAAAACCUCCUCCUCUUCUUCCUCAAGACCCCCAUCAUCCUCAUCGUCCUUCUCCUCUGGGCUGAAAUUGAAGUCCGAUCAACUCCAGACUAUCAAACGUGAACUGACUCAGAUCAAGAUGAAGAUCGACUCUCUUCUGGGCCGCCUGGAGAAGAUCGAGAAGCAGCAGAGAUCUGAGUGCGAGCCUCAUAGGAAAUAUGAGGACAACUGCGACUCUUUGCACGAGGGGUCGAUAUCAGAGACGGCAGACAACUCCGGAGAGGAAGGAGGAGAGGGACAGCUGGACGCGGAGGCGGGAGAGAUGACGGAUGGCGGCGAGGAUGACUACGACGAGGAAGGCAGCACUGAUCUGAUGGAGAAUCAUGUGUCUGAUAUUGACAACUGAAAAGUUCGACAUCCAGAGAAGAAAUCAACUCUGCAUUGAACAGAAGAUGUGAAACUCUGUGGAGACGGACAUCUCUCCUCAAAGAGGCCAGGAAGGCUCUCGAUUGGCUGAUUAGACGCAGAGCAAAUAUUUUGACAAGUUUAGCAUCUACCGCUGUUUUUCAUUAAAUAGCAUCUGGCGCAUUCAAUCAUAUAUGAUUUGCAUAUCUCCUGUAAAAGGCAAGUACGUUCACAUUUAAUUUUGUUCAAAUAAGUUCACAUCAUGCAAACACUAAAGUUUAGUUUUUUCUUCAAGGAUAAUUUUCCUCGAACAAAGAUGAAAGGUUUUUACAGUCUGUGUGUGGAAAAUGAGCCUUAAAUGUCAGAAAAAUGUAACAUGGUGUUUUUAAAACCUUCAGUAUUAUUUAAAUAAUUCUAGAAUUUUAAAACGGUCUGACAAAGAACACGUUUCAUUAGAAGCCAAAACAUCCGUUUUCUGAAAAUAUGUUUUCUGUGUAGAAAUGUAAUUGUACUCCAUAGAUCAAAAUAUAUAUAUCAUUUUUUGAUUCUCAGACCAAGUCAAGUAAAAUAACUAGUCAAGCAUUUUAGCUCCAAACUGCCACAUCAGUUUCGUCAGACUCCUUAUACACAUUUCAGGAUGGCUGAAAUAUUGUCAGACCGCUGUAACUCUAAAAAUUGAAUUAUGUCUUAAUGUGUCAUAAUUUGUAAUGAUACUGUAAAGAUGAUAUUGUCUGUACAUCGUCACUGUAUUUCGUUUUUAUCAUGCAUAGCUGUGUGUAAUUCAGAGCGACAUGUAGUAGCCACUGUUUCCGUUCUCUAUGAUGUCAUUCAGUAUGGAGUGUGUCAUAAUGAACUCUAUUUUUGUAUGGCAGAUUUACAGAAAAAGCUUCAGAAUAUUCAUAUUUGUUCUGCUGACAUUUUCAUUCUGCUACUGUACAUAAUUUGUUUAAAUGAGAAUGUGAAAGAUGUGUAUAGCUUAAAAAAAAGAAAAAGAUUAAUGGAAAAUGGAUCCAUUGGACAAAAUUUGAUUCUUUUCUAUAUUUUGAAGUCAGUGUCAUGGUUGAGAGAAAAACGAUUCUAUACGGUUUAGGUCGCUGGUCUCAUAACAGCUCAGCUCAGAGACCUAGUAAUGUAACUGAAUUACUUCAUAUUGUAUAGAAAUGUAAACUAUUUGUAAAGAUAUUUUUAUGAUUGGCAUGUUGAUUAUUUUAACGUAUUUUCAGUUGUUUCAUUUGUUGUCUGGCUGUAGGCUUUGUGGUUUAGGAAAAGACUGCCAUUACAAUCACUAUAUAAAAAUUGCGAAAAAUAAAAAUGUUUUUACUAUAUUUAUUGUGGAGCAGAACCGAAUACAAUAUUUAAAAUUCAUUCUUAAUGUGUUGGCUUUAAAGGAAUAGUUAAACUAAAAAUGAACAUUUCCAUUCGUUCGUUUCUUUAUCAGAACGGAUUUGAAGAAAUUUAACAUUAUUUGCUCACCAAUGAAUCCUCUGCAGUGAAUGGGUGCCGUCAGAAUGAGAGUCCAAACAGCUGAUAAAAACAUCAUAAUAAUCCACAAGUAAUCCACAUCACUCCAGUCUAUCAGUUAAAGCCUUGUCAAGUGAAAACAUGAAUGUUGGUAAGUUUUUAAUCACAGGAUUCGUACAGACACUGUAAAAAGAAAUUCCGGGACUUUCAAGGACUUUUCAAGUACCACUUUUUUCAAGGACUUCAAACAGAGACUGCACUUAUCAAACAAUGUCUUUCAAAUUUUAAAAAGAUAAAUAGAUAAUAAAUAAAUAGACAGAUAAUUAAUGAUUCACAUGCCAUCAUUUCAGAUCAGGGCUCUGAUUGUGAAUCAUUAAAUUCAUGAAAUGAUUCACGAACCCGCUCCAAAGUCUCAAUAUGAAUAAUAAAUCCUGAAUUAUCAUUUCAGAUCAGGACUCAUUCAUUUCACGAAAUGAUUCACUAACCCACUCUGAAGUCCAUUUGCGAACCCGCUUUUGAAGUCAAAUGAUUCCUGACACGUGUCCGAUCUAAGUUAAAUGAUUAGCGAACCCGCUCCAGAUUUAGUCCUGAUCUAAAUCAAAUUAUUCACGAUUAGCGAAGUUCUGAUCUAAAUCAAAUGAUUUGCAAUAUGCAGUUUGAAUUCCCGAUCUAAAUUAAAUGAUUCGCGAUUAGCGAAGUUCCUACAUAAAUUAAAAGAUUUGCAAACCUGCUCCGAAGUCCCAAGCUAAAUCAAAUGAUUCACGAUACGCAAGUUUCCAAUCUAAGUCAAAUGAUUUGCGAACCCACUUCGAAAUCCUGAUCUAAAUCAAAUGAUUUGCGAUGCACGAUUUGAAUUCCUGAUCUAAAUCAAAGCAAAGUUCCGAUUUAAGUCAAAUUAUUUGCGAACCUGCUCCAAAGUCCCAAUCUAAAUCAAAUAAUUCACGAUUAGCGAGGUUCCAAUCUAAAACAAAUGAUUCACGAUAUGCGAUUUGAAUUCCCAAUCUAAAUCAAAUGAUUCAUGAUUCGCGAUAUGCAAAGCUCCGAUCUUAGUCAAAUGAUUAGCGAACCUGCGCCGAAGUCCUGAUCUAAAUCAAAUGAUUCACGAUUUGUGAAGUUCUGGUCUAAAUCAAAUUAUUUGUGAUAUGUGAUUUGAAUUCCAGAUCUAAGUCAAAUGAUUCGUGAACUGCUCCGAAGUCCUGAUCUAAAUAAAAUGAUUCACGAUUUGCAAAGUUCCAAUCUAAAACAAAUGAUUUGCGAUAAGCGAUUUGUAUUCCCAAUCUAAAUCAAAUGAUUCAUGAUUCGCGAUAUGCAAAGCUCCGAUCUUAGUCAAAUGAUUAGCAAACCCGUGCCGAAAUCCUGAUCUAAAUCAAAUAAUUCAAGAUUUGAAAAGUUCUGGUCUAAAUCGAAUAAUUUGUGAUAUGUGAUUUUAAUUCCAGAUCUAAGUCAAAUGAUUUGCGAACUGCUCCGAAGUCCCGAUCUAAAUCAAAUGAUUCACGAUUUGCAAUGUUCUGAUCUAAAUCAAAUGAUAGGCGAAGUUCUGAUCAAAGUCAAAUGAUUUGGAAAUCCGCUCCGAAGUCCUGAUCUGAAUCAAAUGAUUCACGAUUUGCGAAGUUCCAAUCUAAAACAAAUGAUUUGCGAUAAGCGAUUUGUAUUCCCAAUCUAAAUCAAAUGAUUCAUGAUUCACGAUAUGCAAAGCUCAGAUCUUAGUCAAAUGAUUAGCUAACCCGCGCCCAAGUCCUGAUCUAAAUCAAACGAUUCACGAUUAGCAAUGUUCUGAUCUAAAUCAAAUGAAUUGCAAUAUGCAAUUUGAAUUCCCGAUCUAAAUCAAAUGAUACAUGAAGUUCCGAUCUAAGUCAAAUGAUUCGCGAUUAGCGAAGUUCCUAUAUAAAUCAAAAGAUCUGUGAUAUGUAAUUUGAAUUCCCGAUCUAAAUCAAAUGAUUUACGACACGCGAAGUUCCAAUCAAAGUCAAAUGAUUCGUAAAAUCCGCUCCGAAGUCCUGACCUAAAUCAAACGUUUCACAAUUUGCGAGGUUCUGGUCUAAAUCAAAUGAUUUGCGAUAUGUGAUUUGAAGUCCCGAUCUAAAUCAGUGAUUUGCAAUACGCCAGUUCCAAUCUAAGUGAAAUGAUUCGCGAACCCACUUCAAAGUCCUGAUCUAAAUCAAAUGAUUCGCAGACCCGCUUUGAAGUCUGUAUCUAAAUCAAAUGAUUUACGAUGCACGAUUUGAAUUCCCGAUCUAAAUCAAAUGAAUCACUGCAGUGGAUCCAUUAAUGAGCAAGUGAUGUAUUUCUACAUUUCUCCAAAUCUGUUCCACUGAAAAAACAAACUCAUCUACAUAUUGGAUGGCCUGAGGGUGAGUACAUUUUCAGCCAAUUUUCUUUUUUGUAAACUAUUCCUUUAAGAAUAAAUUAACCAUAUUUAUUGGUGGUCAUAAGGC